UCACAAUGAAGUUCAUCGGUUUGUUGGUGACAGUUGCAGCCGCUGCUUUUGCAGCACCACAAGGAUACGAUUUGGGAGCACCAUCUGGUGAAGAUCUCUCCGCUGGAGCAGGUCUUUUGACAGGAGGAGCAGGCGGAGCUGAUUUGGGCAGCGGUGAGGGUGCCAUUACCGGAUGCAGAGAUGGAGAGGUACUACAUGUAGAUGGUACUUGCGUAACCCCCGAAAUCACAAGAAAAGUAUACUUAUUUACCGUUCCUGAACAAGAGCAGUCUGUCGGACCACCACCCAGUAUUCCUCCUCCAGCAGUAGAACACAACAUUCUCUUCGUACGCCUUCCUGAGGAAGGACCAGCACCUGAACCAAUCGUUCUUCCUCCACCAAGACAGAACAACAUUGUCUAUGUGCUCAACAAACAGGAUCAACAAGUUCAGCGAGUGAUCGAAGUACCAGCACAGCCACAGGCUGAUCCUGAGAUUUACUUCGUCAACUACCAAGACGGAGAAAACCCAACCCUUCCCAUUGGAGUAGACCUGGAAACUGCUCUCAGUUCCGCAGCAGCAGCAGGCGGUCAGGUUCUCGGAGGUCUUGAAGGUGCAAGUGGAGAGGCCAGCUUUGGUGGAGUUGCUGGUGGCCUUACUGGAGUACAAGAAGGAAGUGGUUUUGGAUUUGUAAAUGGAGGUGGAUUAGGUGGUGUUAAUGGAGCUGGUAAUGGCUUUGGUAUCAACGGAGGCGCUAGCGGACUCCAUUCAGGCCAAGGAAGUACACCGUCAGGCUUGUAUAACGCGCCAUAAUUACUUUUGUUUUCGCAAGUUUCACGUAUAAUAACGAUGCUCCAAUAUAUAUAUAAUGUCUAAAAUAUAUCGAUAUAC